ACCUGGAUGAAUUAACAGACUCAGCAGCAGCUGCUGCUGCAAUUCAAGGAGAGACACUGCCAUUCCCUCCACUUGUCUCACACCCACUCCUCUGAAGAGAGGGACGGACAGACGCACGGACGGACAGGGACAAGGGCAAGGGGGAGCUCCCGGGGUGCUGCCUAAGGAGCUAGAAGCCACCGAGAAGAGGAGAAGGACGCCUGCCGGGCUGAAGAACAUGGGGAUGCCCAGGAAGAGGGGAGAUACUUGUCUGCAUCGCAGCUGCUUUGCGGAUCUCCUUGGGCCGGAGCUCCUGCUUUGCCUUGGGCACGUCGUGCAACUUGAGGGUCUUUUAUCCAAGGCCAUGCAGCUGGAGCCCUGUUGCUGCCUGCUGGGAGGGAGACUGGGAGUGAAAGAUAAACCAGCAGCUGAUACCCCAGGACUCCAGCCCCCUCCCUUUCCUCCUGGAAUCCCCACCCCACAACAUCCCAGUCCCUCGGGCCUCUCCCAGACUGCAGAAAUCACAGCCUCAGAAAGGGCUCAUUUCCAACCUUAGUUUCUCCUGAUUGUCCCAGGCACAAGCCACUCAAGGAGUCUAUAUCGUUGGGCUGAAGUUGAGGCCUCCAGGAUUUUGACCAUCCAUGCGAAGAACCUAUUAUCUGGAUUUCAAAUGCCGUUCCUCUGCUCGGGCACUAGAGACCUAUAUGACUCCAGGAAAAGGCCCCGUGGCUCCUGCUGAAUCAGAGCUGGAUUCGCUUUGCAACUAAAAUAGACCUUUGGUUUCAGUGGGGUUAAAUUCCUUGGCUUGGCCCCAUCUCAGCUUCAACAAGACAGGAAUUCACUCCCCGCAGACAAACGCGUGAAAGGGAAUGAGAACGUUGUUUUCAUGGGCUCCAGCCAUUGUCCCAAGGGUGCUGAUGAACUGGAAGAAAAAAUCCCUGAUUUCAGUUGCUUUCCUCCCAUUUUUGAUCACUUGAAGGACCAACAGAAGGGGUAGACUGAUGGAUACAGCUACGUUUCUUUUUGCUCUCCACUUCACACCCUUUAAAGGGUGACGAAUGGGCUACUAAAGCGUUGUCAGAGGAGUCGGGACCCUGUCGUUCCUGGCCCACCCUUCACGUGCAUGGUGUGCUAGUGACAGUGGCCUUGGCAUGUGAUAGACAAUGGCUCUAAGGCCUGGCCUUCCCCUGCAGCCAGCAUGUAGCCACCUUCGUGCAUGAGUGACUCCCACUUACUCCUUGUUCUGCCUCCGUGCGACAUGUUGCUCGUGACCAGCUAAAAUGGGCACAGGCUGCACUUGGCUGUGGGGCGAGGGGCCCGUGUCCCGCCGCUCCUCCGCCAUGCUCCUGACCCCUUUCCUGAUUGCCAUGGCGAUGGCCGUCUCUGAGGCCAGCGCCAGGUGCCCUGUCCUCUGCACCUGCCGCAGCCACGUUGUGGAUUGCAGCGGGCAGCGGCUCUUUUCAGUGCCCCCCGACUUGCCCCUAGACACCAGGAACCUGAGCCUGGCACAUAACCGCAUCACCACCAUCCCGCCGGGCUACCUCACCUGCUAUGGGGAGCUGAGGGUGUUGGACCUAAGGAAUAACUCCCUGGCCGAGCUGCCCGCCGGGCUCUUCCUGACUGCCAAGCGGCUGGCCCACCUGGACCUGAGCUACAACAACUUCAGCCACGUGGUCGCUAAUAUGUUCCAAGAGGCCAACAGCCUGGUGAGGAUCGACCUGAGCCACAACCCGUGUCUGCGAAAGGUGCACCCCCAGGCUUUCCGGGGGCUCGCCCAGCUACGUGACCUGGACCUCAGCCACGGGGGGCUGUCCUUCCUCAGCCUGGAAGCCCUGGAGGGUCUCCCGGUGCUGGUGACUCUACAGAUCGGUGGCAACCCCUGGGUGUGUGGCUGCACCAUGGAGCCGCUCCUGAAGUGGCUGAGGAAUCGUAUCCAGCGCUGCACCUCAGAUUCCCAGCUGGCCGAGUGCCGGGCCCCACCCGAGGUGGAGGGAGCCCCCUUGUUCUCACUGACAGAGGAGAGUUUUAAGGCCUGCCACUUGACCUUGACGUUGGACGAUUAUCUCUUCAUUGCCUUCGUGGGCUUCGUGGUCUCUAUUGCCUCCGUGGCCACCAAUUUCCUGCUGGGCAUCACUGCCAACUGCUGUCACCGCUGGAGCAAGGCCAGCGAGGAUGAGGAGAUAUAGGUGCAUGGUCCUGGCCACAGUGCCCUUCCCCCAAUGGCUGGGGAGAUGCUGUUGAGAGCUGGGGCUGGCUGGCUGUGCUCCACCACGAUUCAUGCCCGGUGCUGUCACAAGCUGCUCCAUCCUCUAUCCGCAGCUACAGCCGGCUGGGGAUACUAACUCAUCUCUGCUCCCAGUCCCUUCUGAUCCCCCGCUGCUGUGCCCAGCGGGGCAAGGCCUGUGAGACAAGGAGAUCUAGCCGUGCCUUGUACUAGCCCCUUCACACUGCCGGCAGCAUUGGAGACAGCCAACGAGCCAAGGCCCAACGCCACUCGCAACACGGAUGGGCUGCCACAACCCACGUCGGUUGCCAGUUCUCCUCUUCACCAUGUCCUGCACACUCAUCCACCUCCACACAUGCACCCCCUUCUGUGCCAGCACAUGCACAAUAUCCACCUCCACACAUGCACCCCCUUCUAUGCCAGCUCUUGCACCACAUCUGCCUACAAACCUAAAACGAGGAGUUGGGCGGGGGAAGGGAAUAUAUAUGGCAGACGUCAAGUUGAUUUGCAACAGCCGUAGCUCUCCAGGGUUGUACAGCUAUGGCCCAUCAGUUCUGUUUGUGGCUGUGGGGACUGUGGCCAUGGACACUGUGGUAUCCAGGGUUGUAGUACUACUAAGAGUCCUGAGAUGUGGCAUCUCUGAGGGCCAGAGAGGCAGGUUUAACUCUGAGGAACAGCCCCACCACUGAGACGUACCAUUGUAUGGUUGGAGGAGAUGCCAGAGCAAGAGUCUGCUGUUUUCUAAUUGGUCCUUGGCUAGAUGGCCAUUGGUGUUGAUGGAGAUCUGCCUCUGAACGGUUCUCUAGAUGCAGAGUCGAGAAAUCAAUAGGUCAGGGGGACUCUAGAGUUUGAACUUGGUCUGUCGCUCAAGACUAAGGGUCAGGGCAGGGGUGAGGUGUACUGGCAAACCUGAGGGGGAAGUGUGAGAUGGAGUAGCAGGGAGGCUGUGGGUUAGGGCUGAAGGGUGUCAGCAGAACUGGUGCGGGACCCCAAGGCUGGGACAGCAGGGGGGCCGUGGGUUGGGAUUGAGGCACAUUAACAGAGCUGUGGAUGAGAGGUAUCAGCAAAGCUGAGGGUUGGGGGGAGACCAGCGCUGGGACAGCAGAGGGCUGCAGGUCAGGCCUGAUGGGCCUCACCAGAGCAGUGUGUGAACAGGAAGCCUAGGACUAUAGGUCAGGAUAUUAGAGGAUUAGCAGAGCUGUGGGGGGAGCCCAAAGCACUGGAAUAGCAGGCAGGGUGCAGUUGGGAUUAAGGGGUGUUGGCAGAGCUGGAGGUGGAGAACUUGGGAUAGCAGGGGGGCUGCAGGCUAACACCAAGGGACAUGAGCAGGGCCUAGGACGUGACUAGAAAGCUAUGCCCCAGAGGAGGAUUAUGGUGCAGUCUCAGGACUGGAACAGCAGGUGGUGCUGCCGGUCAGGUUAGAAAGUGCUAUGACAGUGCGAGGGGCUACUCUGUACUGGUGCUACGCACGUAGCUCUAGCUGGAGCGCGCUAUUUCUCCCCACUGUGGACAUUAAAAUCGCAGAUUGGAAAACAAACCAUCUGGUCUGCCCUAGCAACUGCUCCGCUUAGUCCGUCUGUCUCCACAUGCCUUGAGCCUUGGCAUUAACUCCCCAACCCAUCCCUCUGCAGUGGGUAAGUGGUUAUUAGCCUCACAUUAUAGAUGCGGAAACUGAGGUACUGAGCGAUUGGCAUGACUUCCCUAAGGCCACAUGGGCAUAGGCGGGGAGAGAACCCAGGGUGCCCAGCUCCUGCCAUGCUAACCCCAGCACCCACAGCCACUCCCCAGUAACUUAGCUAAGAACUGGAUCAACGCGACCAAGAGCAUUUGGGGGACAAUGGCUCAUUUUUGGGACUAGCUCCACCCAACGUCAGCUGCCACUGGCGAAGUUGGAUGUAACUUUUCUUUUGGAAGGACAGUGCAAAUAAAGGACACUAUAGCCAAUGCUCCCAGUGGAAGAGCCUAUCACCAUGUCUUAGAGAAUGCUGUGUGCUCUGAUGUAUAGCCAAUGUAUUUUGACACUUGUAUAUUUUUUAUUUUUGCAUAGAACUAGGACCAAACCCGAUGCCAAAUGCCACCAGAGCUUUCCAGAUUAUGUCCUUCGGUCUUGCCACCACCGGAAAGUAAGGAGGCUAAAAUCUGUCCAUGUGGGACAGAUCCCUUUAAGGAGUUGGUUUUUACAUGGAUGGCAGAAAUCUCUGCAGCUGAUCCAAACAGGGCUAAGAAAUUAGAAGCCUUUAAUCACAGGGUAGAUUUACAUUCCACUGUCAUUCACACAUAAACCCGAGUCCACAAAGGUUCCGGUCAUCUAGCUGUCCAGAACUGGCAAGAGCACACAGGUAAUGUAGCAGUUUCUCAUCAGAAUCAUUUGCCCUCCUCUAGCCUUAAGCCCCCUUAAUGGAUUUCCUACACGUCUUAACAAAAUGCACUUCUACUCUGGAAAAUGACAGUGUGAGAAUGACACCUUCUGAUUCAGCAGAUCUGUCCUCUAGGUGCAUCAAAUCAGCCAGUUUUAGUUGCUACGAUAAGCUUUGGCUGUGCAAAGUCAGUGCACGAUGGAUUCCGCUCCACAAAGGAAUUAACAACUUACUUUGGUAAUGCAGACAUGCCUGGGUGGGUGGUCAGUAGUGGGGGAUCAAACCAGGGAACUCUGGAUCAUCUCCUUUCAGUUCGUUUAGCCACCCCAUUUAUAGCAGCCCCAUCAAUCUCUAAUUAGCCUAGUCACCACCAGAGGGGGACAGAGCCCCAAGUUGAACAGGCAUUGCUUAUACUU